CAUUUCGAUAAAGCGUUCGGUUCCCCAAGUUUCCUGCGCACGAAGAAGUGCUGCACGUUCUACGUCGCUGUGUUCUGUUUAAGCAGGACUGUGUAUUGUCCCUGCAGGUGUGGAACCGUUUAAACGUUUACUUUGAGAGAGGAAACCUCCACAAACCGCCAAGAUGCCGCGUAUUAUGAUAAAAGGAGGUGUUUGGCGCAACACUGAGGAUGAGAUCCUCAAGGCAGCGGUGAUGAAAUAUGGCAAAAACCAGUGGUCUCGUAUUGCCUCGUUGCUGCACCGCAAGUCGGCAAAACAGUGCAAAGCCAGAUGGUACGAGUGGUUGGAUCCCAGCAUCAAAAAGACAGAAUGGUCCAGGGAAGAGGAAGAGAAGCUGUUGCAUUUGGCCAAACUGAUGCCCACUCAGUGGAGGACCAUUGCUCCUAUCAUAGGACGCACGGCCGCCCAGUGUCUGGAGCAUUACGAAUAUCUGCUAGACAAAGCGGCUCAAAGGGAAAAUGAGGAGGAAGUGGGUGAUGAUCCCAGGAAGUUAAAGCCCGGGGAGAUCGAUCCCAAUCCUGAAACUAAACCAGCCAGACCAGACCCAGUAGAUAUGGACGAAGACGAGUUGGAGAUGCUGUCAGAGGCUCGCGCUCGACUGGCUAACACUCAGGGCAAAAAGGCUAAGAGGAAGGCCAGAGAGAAACAGCUGGAGGAAGCCAGACGUCUGGCAGCACUGCAGAAGCGCAGGGAGCUGAGAGCCGCAGGAAUUGACGUUCAAAAGAAGAGAAAGAAAAAGCGAGGAGUGGACUACAAUGCUGAGAUUCCCUUUGAAAAGAAGCCUACACAGGGAUUUUACGACACCAGCAUGGAGCAGUACGAUGCCCUGGAGCCAAACUUCAAACGCCUCAGACAGCAGCGUUUGGAUGGAGAACUACGCAAUGAGCGCGAGGAGAGGGAGAGGAAGAAAGACAAACAGAAGAUAAAGAAGAAGAAGGAGAGCGAUCUUCCCUCGGCCAUCCUUCAGACCAGCGGGGUUGCCGAGUUCACCAAAAAACGCUCCAAGUUGGUUCUGCCCGCACCACAGAUCAGCGAUGCCGAGUUGGAGGAAGUGGUAAAAUUAGGCAUCGCCAGCGAGGUCGCACGUCAGGCGGCUGAGGAGAGCGAAAGUGGUAACUCGGCCUCAUCCACGCUUCUGUCUGAGUACAGCGUCACCAACAUGUCAGCAGGGCUGCGUACCCCCCGCACUCCCACUGUCCAGGACAGGAUACUACAGGAAGCUCAGAACCUCAUGGCUCUGACCAACAUUGAUACACCUUUGAAGGGUGGCCUCAACACGCCACUGCACGAGAGUGACUUCAGUGGAGUGACGCCACAGCGUCAGCAGAUCCAGACGCCCAACACUGUCCUCUCUACACCGUUCAGAACUCCUGGACAAGGUCAGGGGUCAGAGGGUAUGACCCCUCAAUCCGGUGGAGUGUUGACUCCACGUGGGCCUGUGACACCAGGCUUGACCCCGGGCCGUACGCCUCUGAGGGACAAACUGAACAUUAACAGUGAGGAGCAAGUGACUGCUCCGGCCUUUGCUAAACACAUGCAAAAGGAAAGCCUGCAGCAGCUCAAGCAGGGUCUGAUGUCACUUCCUCUUCCCAAGAACGACUUUGAGAUUGUUCUUCCAGAAAACGCAGAGAAAGAACUGGAGGAGACAGAAGUAGAAACAAAUUUUGUUGAGGACUCCUCCGAUAUAGAGGCACGCAAACAGGCUGUGCGAGAGGCCGAGAGACAGAAGGAGUUGAAGCUGCGUCACACUCCUGUCCAGAGAAGUCUGCCGAGACCAUCAGAGGUGAAUGAGUCAGUCCUGCGUCCCGGCUCCAUGGAGCCCCUCUCUGACCUCCAGCUGGCCGAGGAGCUGAUCAAACAAGAAAUGAUCACCAUGCUCCACUACGACUGUUUGCACCACCCGUCGGCCAACGCAGCCAAUCCACUGCAGCGCGGCAAAAGCCGAGGCCCGACGUCCACGUCCAAUAACGCUUCGCACAUCUCUUACCUGGAAUCGCAUCCUUACGAGCCGCUCCCCACAGAAGACAUGGAGCAGGCUAAAACAAUACUGGCUGGAGAAAUGGAAGUGGUAAAGGCAGGAAUGGGCCACGGUGACCUGAGCAUGGAAGCGUACAGCCAGGUGUGGGAGGAGUGUUAUGGUCAGGUGUUGUAUCUCCCUGGUCAAAACAGGUACACCAGAGCGAAUUUAGCAUCGAAGAAGGACAGAAUUGAUAGUCUGGAGAAGAAACUGGAGAUGAACCGUGGGCACAUGACUGCGGAAGCCAAAAGAGCUGCCAAACUGGAGAAAAAACUCAAGAUCCUCCUGGGAGGGUUUCAGUCCAGAGCACUGGGACUGCUGAAGCAGCACAGUGAGAUCUGGGAACAGAUUGAGCAGGGUCUAAAUGUCACAUACUCUGUGUUUGUGUGUCUGUGUGUGUCUGUGUUUGUGUGUCAGGCUCUGCGAGAGGACGUGGAGAGGCAAAUGGAGAGAGAGCGAGAGCUUCAGCAGAGAUACGGAGAGCUGAUGAUGGAGAGAGAGCUGCUGCACAACAGCACUCAGAAGUCCUGAGCAUGACAGUUAGAACUGCCGUACACACACCACACACACACACACACACCACACACACAAACACACCACAUAAAGCAACCGCAGCUCCGAAAACCAGAUCGUCACUUUUCCGCCCGUCGAGUCGUACUUUACUGUAUUGUGAAUUGUUGAAAUGCGUCGGCAAAUUCCGAUGAGACGUUAAUGUCACUGCAUUUCAGUGACGUCCUGACGUCUCUUGCGUUUCUGUGAUAGUGACCAAUAAACUUUCUUCUCAACAUGG